AUGGCCGACGACGCAAACCACACGCGGCAGCGACGAGCCCUCUCCCACGCCUUCAGCCAGAAGGCGCUGCUGGAGCAGGAGAGCAUCAUCCGCGGCUACGUCGACCUCUUCGUGGACAAGCUCACGCCGUACUCCGCCACCCAGACACCGAUCAACAUCUGUGACUGGUUCAACUUCACCACGUUCGACAUCAUCGGCGACAUGGCCUUCGGCGAGCCGUUCGGGUGCCUCAAGGACGGCGUCUUCCAUUCCUGGGUGUCGCUCAUCACGCAGACGAUCAAGGCCGGGGCCUACGAGCAGGCGACGAGGCGCAUGUUCAAGACGGGCAGCGUCCUGCAAAAGCUUCUCGUCGGGCUCAUCCCGAGUGAUCUCCGCGAGAAGAGGUUCCGUCAUCUAGAACUGAGCCGGGAGAAGUGUCUCAAACGCAUCGACGAAGGCCUCCGCCGCGAGCACAGGGACUUCCUCUACUACAUCCUCCGCCAGAACGAAAAGGGCGGCGUCUCCACCAACGAGAUCAUCCUCAACAGCGCCCUCUUCAUCGUCGCCGGCUCCGAGACCACCGCCUCCCUCCUCUCGGGCCUCACCCUCUGGCUCACCCGCACCCCGCACGCCUACGCCCGCCUCACCCGCGAGAUCCGCUCCGCCUUCCCCUCCGCCGCCGACAUGCACUUCCUCCGCCUCCAGGACCUGCCCUACAUGAACGCCUGCAUCGACGAGGCCCUCCGCAUCUUCCCGCCCGUGCCCACCGGCCUCACGCGCACGGUGCCCGCGCGCGGCGACGCCGUCGCCGGCGAGCACCUCCCGGGCGGCACCACCGUCUCCGUGUACAGCUGGGCCGCGACGCACUCGCCCGGGAACUUUUCGCGCCCGGACGAGUUCGUGCCGGAGAGGUGGCUCGAAGACGCCUACGCGGGGGAGAACAGGGAGGCGAGCCAGCCGUUCUCGCUCGGGCCGAGGGGGUGCAUUGGAAGGCACCUGAGUUAUCUGGAGCUGAGGCUGAUCCUGGCGAACUUGCUCUGGCAUUUCGAUAUCCAGCGGGCGCCGGUGGCGCCCGGGGAGGAGGACUUGUGGGACGUCGAGGGGGAUUUGAGGCAUGUUAAGGCGUUUAACACUUGGAAUAAGCCGCCGCUCAUGUGUACUUUGACUCCUGUCCGGAGGUAG